GCAUUAUGGGAGUGAUGGACCCGGUAAGGAGAGGAGCAGAGAGUGGAGGCGGAAUUCGAGGAUCUUAUUGUUACUUCCUCAAACAUGGCUACCUUCGUUUUCAAUCCCCUUUUAUUUUCUAAAUUUUGCGAGUUUUUUGCUCCUCCUUCCAUUUCUUUCCAUCCAAAUAUGUCUUCAAUCCCUAUGAUUACUUCUUCUGGAAUUGGCUUCGCUAAGUUUUCAGGUUCCUCGAACCUCUGUCUUCAACAAAUUCCCUCUCCUCAUAUGCUGAACCGCAGAUUUGUGGCGUCCAAAUCUGUAACAUGUACCAUAUCUCAUGAUCUUAAUCUCACUUCCUCUAACAAAUUAUGUACUCGACGCCCUAACUGCGAUCUCGAUUCGAUUGCAAUUCCGCUUUAUACGUCUGAAUUAGUGGCUGAUAGGCUUCAUCGGCUUGUUUUGGAAUUCGAGUCUCUCUUGGAGCCGAUUGAUCGGGUUAAACGACUAUUGCAUUACGCAGCGAUUCUUGAUCCUUCGGAUGAAUCGAUUCGACUACCGGAGAAUCGAGUGAGGGGAUGCGCGACGCAGGUGUGGUUAGAUGUGAAAAUUGACGAGUUCGAUCGGAUGAGAUUCAAAGCUGACAGCGAUUCAGAGAUCGCGAAGGGAUAUUGUUCUUGUUUGAUCUGGAUGCUGGAAGGUGCUGAACCGUGGGAGGUUUUGAAGGUGAGGAGCGAUGAUUUGGAGGCUGUGAAUGUUGGAUUGCACGGAAAAGCGGCGUCUAGGGUAAAUACAUGGCAAAAUGUGUUGAUGAGUAUGCAAAUGAGAACCAAAACUUUGGUCUCCAAGAUUGAAGCAAAGCCGCCAUUAGAGCCUUUUACCUUCCGUACUGUUCAUCAUCGUCUCCAUGGAUGAAUCGAAGCCGGGAUUGGAGACUUUAAUCUUCACGUGAUGUUCAUUAUCGCCAUCAUAAAAAAUUGAAAAAGCAGCAGAGUAGAUCAGUUGAUCAAUUUUAUAUCAGAAUUGGAAAGGCUUGUUUUCUCACCAUACCAACACAACAGACCCAUGGACCAACCAAGGCAGAAGAUAUUUGAAGACACAAAUCUACUUCAAAUUUAGAUCUUUGAAGACACAAAUACUCUUUCAAGACUUCUAUUUCAAGCUUCCAAGACUCCUGCUGAAGCUGCACUCCUAUAAGGCAGAAGACCUUACAAAUACUCUUCUAAGACUUCUACUCCAAGCUUCCAAGACUCCUGAAGCUGCACUCUUAUAAGACAGAAGUCUAAGUCUGAAGACACAAAUACUCUUCCAAGACUUCUACUUCAAGCUUCCAAGA